CCUUUUUGUUCUUAAAUGGGAGGACUAAAAGGCGGAGACACCAAACCAGCAUAUAAACGUUUGCUCCUCAGCAUUUCUGCUGUUCGUCUGCAUGACGGCUCUCCAUCUACUCUAAGAUCAGUGAUGGGGGCAGCCGGUUCGUUCAGAAGCACCAAAGCUCUGCUGCUGAUGGUCGUUCUGUCCAGUCUGGUCUGUGCCGGCAAAGGGCUGGUAGAUGACGAUGAUCUGAUGGUGGAAAACGUCCAGAAGCUUCAAAAGGAAGCAGCAAGAAAAAAGGCCGUCAACAAAUUGGAAAAAGUCUUCAUGGGAGUAAAUCAAAAACUUUUGCCUUUAUUGGAUUAUUUGGCUAAAAUGGUCAACAAGUCUCUGCCAGAUCCACAUCUGCUUGAUAUGCUGGAGGAAUCAAAGGACCUCGUAAAAGAACACCUUUUAAAUUUUGAAGAAAAUCUUGGUUACGAAGCAGCAAUUAUCAGCGACAAUGAGAGGAAGCUGAGACUCUUGGAGGAGAUGAUCAUGAACAUCACACAGGGAGUGAAUUAAUGUGGAUUUCUUUUGUCUUUUUAAGCUCUCCCCAUUGCUUUUGAAUUUAGUCUCUUUUUUAACAGUUUGUGUAACCCUAUCUGCCACUGUAAUCCUAUAUUUACUUUCUUAUCUGAUGUAUAACAUUUAGGAUGAUCAUGGGACACGGCUGUCAGACAGAGGCCGCCCUGAAGGUCAACACUUUGUCAGGAUUCUGUUUAGUGGAGUCUGAAAAGAAAUUAAAAUUACCGACACGCAUCCUUA